AUGGAAGUCCAGUCCACAUACAACAGGUUGCCCAAGGAUCAUAUUCGGCUCCUUCACGUUUACCCCGAUGAGACGGGACAGCGUAUACGUUGUCAGCUUCUCGCCACCAACAUCAAUACUGGGCCCGACUACCAGGCUUUAUCAUACGUCAAUACGUGCGGGCCAGAAUGCGUUGAGGUGCAUGCAACCACGGUUGUCUGGACAGGACCCUCAUGGGUAACUGAUUGGAAUAACGUUAACUGGUGGGUGGAAGAUCGGAUCAGGAUACUGAACGAAAUCUACAAGCCAAUUUGCUCGACCUCUGGUAACUCAAAACCUCGCUGCAAGGUGCGUGAUCGUGGCCAGCUUCUCGAUGUAGCAGGACACAUUGUCGACUGCAUCGUCCUCGCGAAUGGUGAAUCUUGGGAUGCAAAGUCCCCAGGCUUGACUAGGCAACUUCCUGCUAUCAAGGAACAAUUGCGGGCUCAACACCCAAACCAUGCUCAGAAAGGCAACGACUUCAACAAGUUCUGGCACGCACUUCCCGCUGACAACCCCAUACUACAGCAGAAUCUGGUAGUUUAUUUUCACACGAACCUGUGGGCGACCGCGACGUAUGUGAGCCACCAAAGCGACGGGCUAAGGUCACCGAUAUUGUCGUAUUCAUUCUCUGGUACAUUGGGAAACAUCCAGAAUUGA